AUGGCAAUCGAUGGCUUCGGCGGCUUUGGCAACUUGCCUACAGGGGCAUCGGACGCUAUUAAGCCCUGGAAAGUGCACAUUCCCCAGGCGUCUCUGGACAACCUAAAGGCACUGCUCAAAGUGACACCUCUGGCGCCGCAAACCUACGAGAACUCCCUCCCCAAUAAGCAACGCACACUCGGCGUUCGCCACGACUGGAUCUCGGCCACAAAGCAGCACUGGGAGACAGACUUUGACUGGCGCGAACAAGAGGCGUACAUCAACUCGUUUCCGCACUUUCGGGCCCAGAUCGAGGACGGCGAGCUCGGCCAUUUCGACCUCCACUUUGUCGGCCUCUUCUCACAACGAAGCGAUGCCAUCCCGAUCCUGCUGCUGCACGGUUGGCCGGGCUGUUUUGUCGAGUUUCUAGGCAUCCUCGACGGGGUGCGGGCGCGGUACAAACCCGACACGCUGCCCUACCACUUGGUCGUGCCCAGUCUCCCGGGCUACACGCUCUCGUCACCACCGCCGAUCGACAAGAACAUUGACUCGGACGGCGCGGCGCGGAUCCUGCACGGCCUGACGGUCGAGCUCGGCUUCGACAAAUACAUGAUCCAGGGCGGCGAUCUCGGCGGGCGCAUCGGGCGCGUCGUGGCGGCCAACUAUGCGGCGUGCAAGGCCAUCCACCUCAACACGGGGCCAAUGCCGCCGCCCGAGCCGGCCGCCCUGGCAAGCGAGAUUACCGAGACAGAGCAGGCGGGCCUGGAUCGACACGCUUUGUUCAGAGAAACGGGCAGUGCCUAUGCCUAUGCCCACGCGACACGGCCCGCCACAAUGGGAUUUGUGCUCUCGAGCAGCCCGGUGGCCCUCUUGGCCUGGAUCGGCGAAAAAUACAUGGACUGGACGGACGCGGAUCCACCCGUCGACGACAUUCUGACGUGCAUCACGCUGUACUGGGUGACCAACUGUGCGGCCACGAGUCUGUGGUCGUACCGGCAGUUUUACGGCCCCGGCGCAGAGAGCCACGGCACGAAGCGGUGGCACAUUCACAAGCCGCUGGGCUUCUCGUGGUUCCCAAAAGAAAUCACGCCCGUGCCCAAGGCGUGGGUCGAGACGACGGGGCAGCUGGUCUUCUACCGCCAGCACGACAGGGGCGGCCACUUUGCGGCGUUUGAGCAGCCAGACAGAUUGUGGCAGGACGUGGAGGACUUUAUUGAUAUUGUCAAGGACGAGUUCAGGCCGUCGGCCACUUGA